UUCUUCUCGUCGGCUACAAUGACAGCGCCACAGUGCCGCACUGGAUCAUCAAGAACUCGUGGACCACGCAGUGGGGCGAGGAUGGCUACAUCCGCAUUGCAAAGGGCUCGAACCAAUGCCUUGUCAAGGAGGCGGUGAGCUCCGCGGUGGUCGGUGGCCCCGGAGCCACUCCCGAGCCAACCACCACGACAACCACAAGUGCCCCAGGACCGUCCCCAUCGUACUUUGUGCAGAUGUCCUGCACUGACGCUGCGUGCAGUGUGGGGUGCGAGAACGUGACGUUACCGACCGGUCAGUGUCUCCUGACCACCAGCGGCGCCUCUGCCAUUGUCACGUGCGGUGCUGAGACUCUCACAGAGGAAGUCUUCUUUACGAGUACGCACUGCAGCGGCCCAUCGGUGAGGUCCUCUGUUCCUCUCAACAAAUGCAACCGGCUGUUAAGAGGCUCCGUUGAGUUCUUCUGCGGCUCCAGCUCCAGUGGCCGACUGGCCGACGUUGACAGGCAGCGUCGCUAUCAGCCAUACCACAGCCGUCAUCGCCGUCUCUGA